CCCAAAAGAAACUCGCAAUGCCGUGCGUGAUCGUUUGAUUUCGACCUUGGGAACCGAAAACACUCAGAAUCCAAGUUGUGCCGCACAAUGUUUGGCUUACAUCAUGGCAGCUGGAUUCUUUCCGGAGACGCAGGCUUCGUCUGGGAUGGCUUCGCUGGAGUGUUUCCUUUCUGAAGUUUCAGACAUGGUAAGGCAGCCAGCUAAGGAACAUCGUAUAGAGGCGGCCUUCGAAUCCAUCGCCUUUAUCUGUCAAGAAAUUAGCGUGCAAAAUUUGGUCUACUUUAACCGGUCAAUCCUCGAUCCCAUACUAUUUUGUAUGGCGGGCACUAACAGAACGCGGACACGGUCACGGAGCAAAUUAACUGGAAGAAUUCGUCUGGCAGCUGCUCGCGCUCUACUAAGUUCUCUUAAAUGCAUUUCCAAGACAUUUGACACUGAGGAAGGUCGAAAGGCGAUCAUGAAAGUUGUCUGCGACGCCGCGCAAUCGUCUGUUGUUGAAGAAUCCGUGAUUUCUUUAGAAAUAUUGGUAACUUUGGUAUCGCUUUACUAUCACCACAUCAAGAUUGAAAUGGAAUCAAACAUCGUUCCAAUUAUAUCUAAUGCAAUGGCAUCGCCUGUCUCGGAUAUUGUCUUACAAGGAAUGAAAUUUUGGCGCUCUGUUGCAGAGAUAGAGCACAAAAAUAUGUGUGAUCACUUUUCCUCAUCGUCCGGUUUUAAAAACAACGUCUUGCACAAGAUACUUCCUUCAGUUCUUACUUCGCUAGUUAACGGACUACUCGUACACUUGGAAGAUGAUGACCAUCGAGUGGCCGCAGCAGCGUGCAAAACUCUUUCAUCACUGGCCAGAAUUAUUUACCGACUAACAAGCGAAAAGGCAAACCACACGCUAUUGAUUGAAAAUUAA